AUGUCGCAUUUCGAUCCAGCUACGACACGCAUACCACGCCUGGAUGGCAACUCACGCAUACCACCGCCGGGCAGUUUUGGUGGCACCACCUCGCACAUACGCCCGCCCACAGCGCUAAAGUCGAGCACACAAAUCUUUCGGGCGCCCGCCGCGCCGGCCAAUGGGAAGGCGCGUCCCAUUAGCUCCUAUCAUCCGGCGGCGGCGCCGCUGCAUGAUCUCGGCGCCAGCAUCAAGAAGAGCGCCUCCGGCGAGCGGCUGAACAAUGCUGUCAGCUUGAUUAGCAAACGCACCACCAAUGUGCUCAAGAAGUACUUUGGCCAGGGCAAAAUGAUGGGCGCCAGCGUGGGUGGAAUACAGGGAGCAGCUGCAUCCGGCCUGAUGACCAGUUCGCUGCCACACACCCCGCUGCCCGCCGCCAAGCAGCCGCAGCCGGAGAAGCAGCAGCAGAGGCAACAGCAAUGUCUGUUAACCAGCAGCACGCCCAUGCCGCUGAUGCGCUCCGAGACGUUUGUGUGCGAUGAGGAGGAGCAGCAGUUAAGGGAGCGGGAGCCGAAGGGGGAGCAAUCACAGAUGCAGCUAACGCUCUCGGCCACACCCACGUUGAAUCGCACACGCCUGGAGAAUACGCGUCUCUCCAGCGUGGGCUUUGGACGCACGUUGGAUUUGGAUGCAACACUGAUCGAAUCGAGCUCUUCAAUGAGCCGUACUCGAACUGUCAUUGUGGACAAGAAGGAGCAGCCGGAGCUGGAUCCGAAUGCCACACAGCUGGUGAGUCCUUUGAGCUGCACCCGGCUAGCAACUAGCUCUGCUCAGGUGGAUCGCACACGCACUGUAAUCCCCGCCAGCGUCGAGCCAGCCGAUGCCACACAGCUGCUGGCCAAUCUCAGCGGCGAUCGAGCGGAUCGCACGCGUCCCGUAAUCCCUGCCAGCGACGAGCCAACCGGACAACCGGAUGCCACACAGCUCUUGGCCAAUUUGAGCUGCUCCCGUGCGGAUCGCACGCGUCCCGUUGUCAGCGAGGUGGCCGAUGCCUCGCAGCUCAAUCGUGCCGAUCGCACGCGCACCUUCAACGCCGCCGGCGGCGAACUAAGCCAUGAGCUAAACCUGGACUUGACUAGGAGCGUGGAAAAGCUACCGCUGCUGGAGCACAUGUCCAUGCCCUCGGGCCUGGAUCUGCUGAUGAACGGCGUCAAAUCGGAGUUGCCGCUGGACGCGGAACUGGACAAUACCGAGUUGGAUGUGACGCUAACCGCCUUGGCGCCGGACAAGAGCACCAUGAAGCUGCCCCUCAACUCGACCAUCAACACGGAGCGCCUGCUGGACAUCAGCGGGCUGCAGUCACCGGCACGGCACAUUCAGCUGCUCAAUUUGACGCGCGAAUUUCUGGAACAGACGCCGCAACGCUUGCCACAGCACGGCGCCGGAAGUCGCUCGAUGCCGCAACAUUCGCUGGUCUGCCUGACGCCGCACUCGGCGACAACGACGCCGCAUGGCACCGGACGCUAUCAGCAGACGCCGGUGCCGGUGCAUCUGCUGUCGCCGCUGUUGAAGGCGGCACGCAGCGAUCUGGUGCUGCCCACGCGCACGCCCGAGGGUGAACUGUUGCCGCUGGGUGCAGCGGUGCAGCUGCGUACGCCGCGUACGCGCUACAGUUUUGGCCUGGAGCUGCAGGAGAGCACGCUGGACGCCUCCUUAGAGCUGCAGCUGCUCAAGAAGCAGCACAGCUUCGAUUUGGAUGAGAGCUUGGGCAUCCUGACGCCCGAUCAAAUGAAGGAGUUCCUGGACUCAUCCUCGCAGCACAACAACAGCAACAAUCCUAAUACCAAUUCCAAUCUCAGUCAUCAUCUGGAACUGCAGCUGCUGAGCAACAGCUUUAUCACCAGCGUGACCAGUGUGACCAGCCUGGAUACGGGCUAUCAGGGCGACGGCGAAAUGUCGCGUCCGGCAUCGCGCGGCGCCUGCGAUCAUUCGCCCAGCAAUGGACCACAUUUGGGCCGCGUCAGCCGCCAGCCCAGCUUUCCGCCCAUGCCGGCAGCACCGGCGGCGCCGAUGCGUCGUCAGGAUCCGAUGACCGAUUCGGAUUUCUUUACCGAAUCCGAUGCGGACGAUGUGCUGCAGCGCGGCGAUCGGCGUGCCCAGGUCAUUGAUGGCCAGCUUUAUGGUCCGGCCAUGCAGCCCAGCGCCUCGGUGCCGCAGCUCGAGGAUUCGUGCAUGGAAUCAUCGGGCAUUUUUACGGAUGUGGAAAAUCGCUGCGAUGAGGAAAUGCGCCUGCCCGAGCUGGAGCCGGACAUCGAAAUGGAGAUGGAGAUGGAGAUGGACAUGUCGCCCGACGAAUCCACGCAGACGCUGCGCAAAGCUCAAGCGUCGACGGCGGCAGCGCCAAAAGCUUUUGCGACGAAGCUUUCAACCAACAGCAGCAGCAGCAGCAGCGAUCGUCAGUACAGCGUGCAGCGUCGCCGCGUCCACACGCAUCGUUAA